AUGGAAGGCCAAAAUGGGUACAAAGCCGUUGCAUACUUUGUGAAUUGGGCCAUCUAUGGACGAUGUCACAACCCACAAGACCUCCCAGCUGACAAGCUCACUCACAUUCUCUACGCGUUUGCGAACGUCCGGCCCGAUAGCGGUGAAGUCUAUCUCACUGAUACUUGGUCAGACACAGACAAGCGCUAUCCAGGCGAUUCUUGGAAUGAUUCUGGGACAAACGUCUAUGGCUGCAUCAAACAGCUCUUUCUACUAAAGAAGAGAAAUCGACAUCUUAAGGUCCUUCUCUCAAUUGGCGGAUGGACAUACUCCUCUAAUUUCGCGCAGCCAGCUUCCACUGUAGCAGGAAGAGCGACGUUUGCCAAGUCUGCGGUGCAAUUAGUCAAGGAUCUAGGAUUCGAUGGGCUAGACAUUGAUUGGGAAUAUCCCAAAAGCGAUAGCGAAGCACAAGACUUUGUCCACUUACUCAAAGAGACUCGAGCCGCUCUUGACUCGGGCAGGUCAAGUCACGAGGAAGGCAAGUAUCUGCUCACCAUAGCUUGUCCAGCUGGUCCUCAAAACUAUGAGAAGAUGCAUCUCAGAGCCAUGGACCAGUAUCUCGAUUUUUGGAACUUGAUGGCGUACGACUACGCUGGUUCGUGGGACAAAAAUGCUGGACACCAAGCCAAUCUUUUCCCGAGCAAGAACGACCCCGCGAGUACGCCAUUUUCGACUUCGGGAGCGCUCGACUACUAUGUAAAUCAAGGAAUUGACAAGUCGAAGAUGGUUGUGGGCAUGCCGCUUUACGGCCGAGCUUUCACCUCGACGGAUGGUCCUGGCAGGCCCUCCUCUGGCACAGGAGAGGGUAGCUGGGAGCAAGGCGUUUGGGACUACAAAGCAUUGCCUCACCCCAGUGCACGUGAAGAGAUCGAUCGUGCAAUAGGCGCGAGUUGGAGCUAUGAUUCGGAGAAGAAGCUUAUGGUGAGCUAUGAUACGAGGCAGAUGGCUGAGUACAAGGCUGGCUUCGUCAAGGAGCAGGGGCUUGGAGGUGCAAUGUGGUGGGAGAGUAGCGGGGAUAAGGCUGGCGCAGAAAGCUUGAUCGGAGCGGUGAAUUCGGUAUUCGGAAGAGAGCACAUGGAUCAUAGUAACAACACAUUGACAUAUCCGGAGUCGAAAUACGAGAACCUGAGAAACGGAUUUCCCGGAGAAUAA